AUGGAGAACGCCAAGGCGAACCCGGCAGCCAGCGCCAAUGUGUUUUCUAAAAUAUUUUUCUGCUGGUUAAACCCUUUGUUCAGCAUUGGAUACAAGCGAACUCUGGAGGAAGAGGACAUGUAUGAUGUUCUCCCCGAAGACCGGUCUGAACGUCUGGGCCAGGAGUUACAAAGACAUUGGGACCUGAAUGUGGAGAAAAUGGCCAAAACAACACAAACCCCCAGUCUCUCCAGAGCCAUCAUCUGCUGCUAUUGGAAACCCUACGCAGUGCUGGGCUUCUUCACUCUGGUUGAGGAGUCCAUCAGAGUGGUGCAGCCUGUUUUCCUUGGAAAGAUUAUCCAGUAUUUUGAGAGUUAUGAUCCAUCAGACUCUGCAGCUCUGCACCGGGCCCUGGGCUACGCCGCAGGUCUGUCGUUCUGCUCUAUCAGCCUGGCCCUCACCCAUCACCUCUACUUCUACCACGUUCAGAGGAUAGGCAUGAAGGUCAGAGUGGCAAUGUGUCACAUGAUCUACAAGAAGGCUUUGUGUCUGAGCAGCGCAGCCAUGGGAAAGACCACCACAGGUCAGAUUGUCAACCUUCUGUCCAAUGACGUCAACAAGUUUGACCAAGUCACCAUCUUCCUGCACUUCCUGUGGGUGGCGCCGAUCCAGGUGGCUGCUGUGGUGGGGCUGCUCUGGGCAGAGAUUGGCCCUUCGUGUCUGGUUGGAAUGGUGGUCCUUAUGAUCCUCAUGCCAACACAGACCAUGUUCGGAAGGCUUUUCUCAAAGUUUAGGAGUCAGACGGCUGUUUUGACUGACACUAGAAUCCGGACAAUGAAUGAAGUUGUGUCAGGGAUGAGAAUCAUAAAGAUGUACGCCUGGGAGAAACCUUUUGCCGCUUUGGUCUCCGACAUCAGAAGAAAAGAAAUCUCCAAAGUGCUGAAGAGCUCGCACCUGCGUGGCCUCAACAUGGCGUCCUUCUUCUGUGCCAGUAAAAUCAUAUUGUUCUGCACCUUCACUGUGUACGUGCUAUUGGGGAACACGCUGUCGGCGAGUCGCGUGUUUGUGACCGUGUCUCUGUACGCGUCUGUGCGCCUCACAGUCACGCUCUUCUUUCCCAACGCCAUCGAGGACACUGAUGACAACUGGGGCGAGACCACCACGGCGGUCACUGGGACGUCGGACCACAGCCUGUCGCAGGAGGACAUUGUGCGCAUCACUAAGGACCUGGAGGACAGCGUGGGCCUGGACUGUCGCCGCUACUUCACCCUGACUCUGGCGCUGGUGCUGGGCCUGCUGGUCUUCCUCACCCCUCUGGCCUUCCUGGUGAUCCCCCAUGUGCUGUGGCCCGAUAAGCUGCAGAGCUGUGGGACGGCGUGCGAGGGUCUGUACAUCUCUGUGGCCUUCAAGCUGCUCAUCCUGCUGCUGGCGGUGUGGGCGCUAUUCUUCCGGCCGCCGCGUGCCGGGCUGCCGCGGGUCUUCGUGUUCAGGGCGCUGCUGGCUGUGCUGGUGCUGCUGUUUGUCAUGUCCUACUGGCUCUUCUACGGGGUCCGGAUUCUGGACCCGCAGGAUGAGAAUUACCAGGGGAUAGUGCAGUACGCUGUGUCGCUGGUGGAUGCUCUCCUCUUCAUCCACUACUUGGCCAUCGUGCUUCUGGAGCUCCGGCAGCUGCGACCGUACCACUCUGUGACCGUGACCAGGUCCACCGACGGAGAGACGCGGCACUACAACCUGGGCCAGCUGAGUAUUCAGCGCGCCGCUCUGGCCAUCAUCGAACACUACUACUGCGACUUCCCCGUGCAUAACCCUGCUCUCCUCUCGGCCUCCAAGUCGCGGGCGGCAAAACACUUGGCCGGGCUCAAAGUCUACAACGUGGAUGGUGAGUUCCCUGCAGCUCAAGCCGAGGAACCAGGGAACAACGCGGCCACUGCAGCCGGCCUGGCUCAGUCUCAGUCCAGAGCCAUGAUCGCUGCCGCCGCUCGCCGCCGAGACACCAGCCACAACGAGCUGUACUACGAGGAGGCGGAGCACGAGAGGAGGGUCCGCAAACGGAGGGCACGCCUGGUGGUGGCAGUAGAGGAGGCCUUCACCCACAUCAAGCGGCUGCAGGAGGAGGAGCAGAAGAAAUCCCCGGGUGACGUGAUGGACCCUCGGGAGGCGGCGCAGGCCAUCUUCCCCUCCAUGGCCCGUGCUCUGCAGAAGUAUCUGAGGACCACCAAGCAGCAGCACUGCCACAGCAUGGAGAGCAUACAGCAGCACCUGGCCUUCUGCGUCACCAACAACAUGACGCCCAAGGCAUUCCUAGAGAGCUACCUGAGCGCGGGGCCCACUCUGCAGUACAGUAAGGACCACUGGCUCUCCCGACAGUGGACUCUGGUGAGUGAAGCGUCGGUGACCAGCGGCCUCAAAGACGGCUCCGUGUUUCUGCUCAAGUGCGCAGACUUCAGCCUCGUGGUGACCGCAAAGAAACUGCCGUACAUCCACAUGACGGAGGAGUACAUCGACCCCAAGUCCCACAAGUUUGUCCUGAGGCUACAGUCCGAGACCUCCGUUUAA